UGUUGGAGCUCAUCGAUAAGUUCCCAGCGUGUUGCUGCAGCGUCAUUCUAUUUGAAUGAAGUUGACGCUAGUAACUACGAGCUAAGUCAUUCGCGCCCCGGCAGACUGGAAACAGGAAGGAACACACAAGAACAGCUUGUCAAACAUGCCGCUUUUUUCAGUCAACGUGAAAUGGGGCAAAGAGAAGUUUGAUGCCGUGGAGCUGAACACCGAGGAGCCUCCCAUGGUGUUCAAGGCUCAGCUCUUUGCCCUGACAGGAGUGCAGCCCGACAGGCAGAAGGUGAUGGUGAAGGGAGGCACUCUCAAGGAUGACGAGUGGGGAAAUAUAAAGCUGAAAAAUGGAAUGACUCUGCUGAUGAUGGGAUCAGCCGAGGCUCUGCCUGAAGAACCUGCGGUGAGGCCCAUGUUUGUAGAAGACAUGACUGAAGAGCAGCUGGCCUCUGCCAUGGAGCUUCCUUGCGGUUUGACCAACCUGGGCAACACGUGCUACAUGAACGCCACAGUGCAGUGUCUGCGCUCUGUACCUGAGCUCAAGACAGCGCUCAGAAAGUAUUCAGGUGCACUGCGGUCCUCAGGUGCCAGCGCACCGUCACAGUACAUCACAGCAGCUCUGCGAGAUUUAUACGAGACCAUGGACAAGACCUCCUCCAGUCUGCCUCCCAUCAUCUUGCUGCAGUUCCUCCACAUGGCCUUUCCACAGUUUGCAGAGAAGGGAGAUCAGGGACAGUACAUGCAACAGGAUGCUAACGAGUGCUGGCUGGAGAUGAUGAGAGUCCUUCAGCAGAAGCUGGAGCCAAUAGAAGCAGAGACUCCAAUGGAGACCGAGUCCGAGGGCGCUUCCGCCUCUUCCAAGAAGAACUUCAUCGACCAAUACUUUGGUGUAGAAUUUGAAACAACUAUGAAAUGCACAGAGUCUGAGGAGGAGGAGCCAAUAAAAGGCAAGGAGAGUCAACUUCAACUCAGCUGCUUCAUCAAUCAAGAAGUCAAGUAUCUCGCCACGGGACUAAGGCUGAGACUUCAGGAAGAAAUCACAAAAAUGUCCACAAGCUUGGACAGAAAUGCUCUUUACAUCAAAUCUUCAAAGCUGAGUCGUCUUCCUGCCUACUUGACUGUGCAGAUGGUUCGUUUUUACUACAAAGAGAAAGAGUCCGUCAAUGCCAAAGUCCUCAAGGACGUGAAGUUCCCCCUUCUGCUGGACGUGUACGAGCUGUGUACUGCCGAGGUGCAGGAGAGCAUGCUGGCUGUCAGGUCAAAGUUUAAGGAGAUGGAGGACAAGAAGUUGGAGAAGCAGCAACAGAAGCUGACAAAGAAAACUACAGUCAAAGAAGUCAAGUAUCAACCUUUUUCUUUCCCUGAUGACGUUGGCUCCAACAACAGCGGUUACUACGACCUUCAGGCAGUGUUGACACAUCAAGGUCGCUCCAGCUCGUCAGGUCAUUACGUGGGUUGGGUGAAGAGGAAAGAAGACGAGUGGGUGAAGUUUGACGACGACAAAGUGAGCGUGGUUUCUCCAGAGGACAUCCUCAGACUGUCUGGUGGUGGUGACUGGCACAUAGCGUACGUUCUGCUCUACGGACCGCGACGGCUGGAAAUAUUGGAGGAGGUGGAGGAACAAUAGUGUCUGGCUGGCCAGGAGGGGGCGACACACAACAAAUUGUCAUCUACAGUCAUGUCACCUCCGCUUCCUGUAAACUUAAAAUAGUGAGCUUAAAAACAUGGACUGGAUGAAAGAGCAGAUGUUUUCUACACAUUGUCUAUUUUUAAAGCCUUUGACUUGGUGCUUGUCAUGGCUUUGCCUUUUGCUCACGUCCUCUCCUGCUCAACUUCUCUGCCAAAUACAAGUCUUACUGUGUAAAAAUGUAA